ACAGUCUAUGGUAGCAACAUUGCGUUGGAAAAAUGGCGACUUCCACAAGUAGCAACGUGAACGUAGAUGAGCCCGAAGGAGUGGCAAAUAAAUCGUCUAAAAAGGACAUAAACAACAAAGUGGACCUUGUUAUCAAUAAUAGGAAGCAUGCCAAUUAUGUUUUUGACAUACUGGAAUAUUUACAGGCAGUCAAAGAGAAGGAUGUUGUCUGUGCGGUCAAUGCUUGCAACAAGCUGUUCUGCGCGCUGCUGAAGAGGGGAGACCUGUUUGUCGGCCAGUUGCCCAGUGAAGAGGACAUGCUCUCCGCUGAGCACAGCGCUGAGCAGAAGUACCGCAUGUUCAUGCGCCAUCGCUACAACAGCUGCACAGACCUGCUGCUGGAGCUGAUGCACCACGAGUCCUUCCAGGUCAAGGAAGGUGCCCUGCUCACCCUAAUGAAGUUUGUGACGAUGGAGGGGAAGUUUCCUCUCCUGGCUGUGGACUGGGAGGAGCACUACCACUUCCCCAGAGAACUGCUGAAGGCAGUGGUCGGGCAGCUGCUGUCGGAGAAGGAGGACAUGGCCUUGCUGAUCUCCAGGUUCCAGGAGUUCCUGGAGAUGGAGGACGUGCGUUACUACGUCAUGAGCUCCGUUAGCGACAGCGUUGCCCGGGUGAUGGAGAAAGCCAAAGGGGUGGCGCUGCCAGUGUACCAGGGCAACGUGUUCCUCCUGGCCUCCAGUGUCUGCAUGCCCAGCAAGGAGGCGGAGCUCUCCAACUUUCUGGUGAAGCAGGCAGCUAAACAAGGGGACUGGAAGGCGGCCAAGUUCAAGGAACACAGGCGGGCGUUCGAGAGGAUGUGGCUCUGCUUUCUCAAGUACAAGUUGCCUAGCAGCAUGUACAAGAAGGUCCUGGUGAUUCUGCACGACUCCAUCCUGCCCCACAUGAGCAAGCCCACCCUGAUGAUCGACUUCCUGACUGCGGCCUACGAUGUGGGGGGCGCUAUAAGCUUGCUGGCUCUGAACGGACUGUUUGUGCUAAUUCACCAACACAAUCUUGACUACCCUGACUUCUACAAGAAGCUGUACGGCCUGCUGGAGCCGUCUGUGUUCCACGUGAAGUACAGAGCGCGUUUCUUCCACCUGGCCAACAUCUUCCUCUCCUCCAGCCACCUGCCCGUCUACCUGGUGGCGGCCUUUGCCAAGCGUCUGUCCCGGCUGGCCCUGACGGCGCCCCCUGCUGCCCUGCUCAUGGUACUGCCGUUCAUCUGCAACCUGAUCCGCCGGCACCCGGCCUGCCGUGUGCUGAUCCACCGGCCCAGCGCGCCCGGCGAACCCUGCGAUGACCCCUACCUGAUGGAGGAGGACGACCCCGCCCACUGCCACGCCCUGGAGAGCAGCCUGUGGGAGCUGCAGACCCUGCAGAAGCACUACCACCCGGAUGUAGCCAAAGCUGCCAUGGCGAUCAACAAGCCUCUGACGGAGGAGGAGGAUGACAUCAGCGAGCUGCUGGAGCUCUCGGCCUAUGAGCUGUUUGAGAGGGGUCUGAAGCAGAAGGAGAAGCAGGCGGUGCCGCUGGAGUUUGAGGUGGCCACGCAGCUCCUGGGGGGCUCUGGGGGGGUUUUGGGGGCUCACUUCUCCCUGGAGUAGCCUGCACCCGGCUGGACUCCGAAGCCUCCCCCCCAGCCCUCCAAACACCCCUCACACACACACUUCUUUUUCUACAGCCUGUUUUCACUUCAUCUUUUUUUACUUUAUAGGUUAAUUACUGUGAAAUGCACCAAAAUAAACCCUUUAUUUCAAAGCUC